AUGGCUUUAUCUCUUCAAUUUCCGCCGGCACUGCCUAACCACCUCCACUUAUCUCACUCUACACUCCAAUCCUCCACCACUCCUCUUUCUCUUAUCCAAAACGGCAAAUUCUUUCCCGUGCUUCCGAUCGCAGUGAAGUGUUCCUCGAGAGUCAAAUGUUUGACCAGAUCAACGGAGGAGGAUCGAAGGAGUAGUAGCGAACAAGAAAGCAGCUUAGGAUCUGAUUCCGAGGACGGAGAAGACACCAAAGUCCAGCUCCAACAGAACCAGAGGAUUCCGACUACAUCGUCGUUUGGUGAUUCUAUCUCCGUUGGGAUUCGUGAGCCUAUUUAUGAGGUUGUAGAAGUUAAGGCAAAUGGAACAAUAUCUACUCGGAAAAUAAACAGACGUCAGUUACUGAAGUCUGGCGGUCUUCGCCCACGAGAUAUCCGCAGUGUUGAUCCAUCAUUGUUUUUGACAAACUCCGUGCCUUCUUUGCUGGUUCGCGAGCAUGCUAUCUUACUCAAUCUGGGUUCGUUACGAGCAAUAGCAAUGCAAGAAUGUGUUCUUAUAUUUGACUAUAAUCGGAGAGGAGGAAAAGCUUUGGUAGAUACACUGUUGCCUCGUUUAAACCCCAGAAACUCAAAUGGAGGGCCAUGCAUGCCGUUUGAGCUUGAGGUUGUUGAAGCAGCAUUGCUAUCACGAGUACAGCAUUUGGAGCAGAAACUGAUGAAUAUAGAACCUCGUGUUCAAGCUUUACAUAAGGUUUUGCCCAACCAGUUAAAUGCAGACGUGUUGGAGGAACUUCGCAUUAGCAAGCAAGCCUUGGUUGAAUUGGGUUCAAGGGCAGGGGCUCUUCGUCAAAUGCUGCUUGAUCUUUUGGAGGACGAACAUGAAAUACGCAGGAUAUGCAUAAUGGGAAGAGACUGCAAACUCAAAGGAAAUGACGUUGUGGAAUGCUCUGUUCCCUUAGAAAAGCAAAUUGCCGAAGAAGAGGAGGAAGAAAUUGAGAUGCUUUUGGAAAAUUACCUUCAGAGAUCGGAAUCUUGUCAUGGUCAGGCAGAAAGGCUUCUUGAUUCUGCAAAAGAAAUGGAAGAUUCCAUUGCUGUUAACUUAAGCUCUCGGAGGCUUGAGGUGAGCAGAGUGGAAUUACUUCUCCAAGUUGGGACAUUUUGUGUGGCAGUGGGUGCUCUAAUUGCAGGUGUGCCUGUGAUCUCAAAACUGAAGCUCUCAUGGCCAAUUGAUUCAACUGACUUGGACAAGGGACUACUGGAUGGUGUUUCUGAAGAGCACAGGCUAUGCAACCACGGUGGUUUCAACCGAGAAGUGAGGUUUCAUGGAUCCUUCAAUUUCCAAUGCUUUUUCUAUGUACCAGAGGAACAGAGCAAGCUUCCGUCAACUCCUGGAAGGAAGUGCUUAUUCUCGGAAUAA